GUGAGUUUCCUGCCUUGUGCAGGGGGUUGGACUAGAUGACCCCAGAAGCCCCUUCCAACUCUAGGAUUCCAUGAUUCUAUAGAACCCUAGUUGUGGCAUGUCUGGGGUCAGAGAAAUCCACCCUUGGCUCAGUGCCCAGAAGCAGGGACUGUGGAGGCGUUUUCUCACCUCUGGAAAGCGCAACUGAAAGCCAGCCGUCUGGGUGAUAAAUAGGAGAGGCAGGAGCCGCAGCUGGGCUUGUUGCAGGAGGCAGCUGAGGCUCUCCCUGGAGCAUCCAAGACCUGAGGAUGCUGGCUGCUUCCUCUCACCUCUCGGCACCCAACAUGGCCCACCUCGGAUGGCUGCUCUGUCUGGCGGCCAUCUUCUGCUGCAGCGUCCUGCAGGUGGGCAGCUUCUACCAGGUGACAGAUUGCUGCCUGCGGACCAGCCCCCAACCCAUCCCCUUCAAGAUCCUCCGUGGCUACCGAGACCAGCAGAUCCAGGAGGGCUGCCACAUCCGGGCGGUGGUUUUCAUCACCGUGAAAGGGAGGCAGCUCUGUGCACCCCCCUAUGCUCCGUGGGUGAAGAAGCUGAAAGAGCGGCUGGACGGCCAUCAGAAGAGAUCAUCUCUGACUUACCCCUAAAAUGCCUGGAGGAGAGACCUCAGAUACCCGUUCCGUACAACCUCUCUGUUCCUCGGCCAGUUUGCCCUCGCUGGAGACCAGUUCCGUGACCCGGACUGCUGCUCUGGCUCGAAACGUGGGAGUUCUUUUCUCUUUCCUCUGCAGCCUGUAGAUGUACAUCUGGCUGCAAAAGUCACCCAGAGUGCUGUAUUUUAGCAGGAAGGUGUGAUACAAAUUUUCAUAAUAAAUUGCAGAAAUAAAAGUUCCGGGCUAUUUGAUUUGUUGAAAAGUUUCCUAAUUACAAUGGUCAAAAUUGCUUACCAUCUGCAACAGUCAAAUCUCAAUUCUGAUUCAGAUGUUUGGGGUUUUUUUGGAAAUAUGGUUUUCUUUCUUUGAUUUUGUUCAAAAGCAUCCAUCUAGUCUAUGUAAGCUUCCUGAUAAAUAUCUAAACUUUGUAUAUUGCAGAUCAAUUCGUUUUGUGAUGUAAGACAAACUCUAUAUGUAUUUUUGUUUUGUUUUUUGCUUAGCAGGCUAGUUUAUGUUGUAUGUUGUUUUUUUCCAAUUAUUUUUUUUGAAAUUAAUAAAAAAAAGUUUCCAAAUUA